AAAGGCUACUAAACUACACAUUUUCACAUUUUAAACAGGCCUGGAAAAAAAAUUGAAGGCUGUCGAUGCCAAACUGGUAGCAGGUUUUGGAAAGAAACACAGACUAUAAUGGUGGUAAAGUAAAGAGAAAAAAAAGAUGAUUUAUAAUAGUGUCUAUAUAUUGUCGGAUAAGAAAAAGGCCCCAAAACACUUUAAGCGGAGUACUUUAUUACUAAAAGCUAAUUAUUUCAAUGGCAUUUGUACAGGAUUUAUUCUGUCCCAAGCUUUUUGAUCCAUUUAAUCCAUUAAUUACUCUAACCAUAAUCACUGUAUUUGGUUUCCACUGUACUUUAGGAGCCAUGUCUGCAGUCUACCUCCUCCUCCUGCUGCUCCCGCUUGUGUCGGCACAGACCUACCACUGGGGUCCCUGUCCUACGCCCAAGGUGCAGCCCAACUUCAAUCUUGAAAAGUAUUUGGGCAGGUGGUAUGAGAUCGAGAAGCUCCCUGCUUCCUUCGAGAGAGGAAAGUGUAUCACGGCCAACUACGCCGUCAGAAGAGACAGCACCAUUCAGGUGCUGAACACACAGUUCUAUAAGGGCAAGGUGAGGACAGCAGAAGGGACCGCAGUGAUUCAAGACAUGAGAGAACCUGCCAAACUGGGAGUCAGCUUCUCAUAUUUUACUCCCUAUGGCCCAUACUGGAUUCUGACCACUGACUACGAGAGCUUGUCCGUCGUCUACUCCUGCACCAACAUCCUCUACAUCUUCCACAUCGACUACGCCUGGAUCCUCGGCCGCUCGCGAUUCCUGCCUCCGGAGACCGUGAGCUACGCCAAAGAGCUGAUGAUGGACGAAGGGAUCGACCUGUUCAGGAUGAAGGCCACAGAUCAGACGGGCUGCAAGGAUGACUAG